CUGGUGUACGGGGGCUCGCGGGGGUCCCACCCUGACCCCGACCUGCUGCACCGGCAGCCCUACGGAGCCCCCCACCCGCUGCAGGGCUAUGCGGCCAAUCACCACCCCCCAGGGCUGUCGGGGCUCUUCGAGACGGGGCUGCACCACGCGGGGGGCGCGGCCCCCGACGCCUCGGUGAUGAACCUGAUCUCGGCGCUGGAGUCGCGGGGCCCCCAGCCCGGCCCCUCGGCCUCCUCCCUCCUGUCCCAGUUCCGCACCCCCUCCUGGCAGACCGCCAUGCACACCCCGGCGCCUGCCGAGCUCUUCAUCUCGGGGGCCCUUCCCGGCUCGGGCACCUUCCCGUCGUCGUCGGCGCUCGGCCCGUACCAGCACCCGGCGUCCUUCGGGGGCCGCAGCUUCCCGGUGGGGUCCCCGCUGAGCCUGCCCGAGGCCGCCUUCAGCCCCGGCUCCAACGGGCUGCUGUCCCCGCACGACCCUCUGCUGCACAUCAAGCCGGCGCAGCCCGCCGUGCCCUCCUCGCUGGGCUUCGAGCGCCUGGGCUCGGCCGUGCUGGGCUCGGCGCUGCCGGCGCAGACCCCCCCGUACCGCCCCGCUCCCAGUUCGUCCCAGUUCAACCUGCUGUCCGCGCCGCUGCCCGCGCCGGCCGAGCAGCCCCCGCAGCUCUACAACGCGCCCGUCUUCGGGGGGGCGGCCGGCGCGGCGGCGGGGGGCGGCGGAGCGGGCGGCGGCGGCGGCGGCGACAGGGGGGCCAUAUCGCGACAGGACAGCGUCAUCAAGCACUACCAGCGUCCCGGCGGGGCGCAGCCCCAGCUGCCCCCCGCGCCCGCCCACAGCCUGCAGCACUACCUGAGCUGCGGGGGCUCGUACCAGCAGGUGCCCCCGCACCGCGCCCCGCUGUCCUGCAGCCCCCUGGGCGAGCAGUCGCCCGCCAGCUCCGAGGGCUCGCAGCAGCAGCAGCAGCAGCCCCCCAAGGCCGCGCCGCCCGCCCCCCGGCCCGAGCCGGGCUACCGGCCCAUCAUCCAGUCGCCCGCCUACUCCGGGGGCAGCGCGGGGGCCCCCCGCUCCACCAACACCCCCAAGUGCCAGAGCAGCUACACCCCCAGCACGCCCAAGCCCAGCUCCGUCAUCGCCAGCCAGUCGCCCGCCUACUCGCCCGGGCAGCCCCCGCAGAGCCUGCUGGCCAUGGGGGCCCUGGGCUACAACCCCGGGCCGGGAGCCCCUGAGCCUGGGCGCGGGCGGGGGCAGCCCGCGGGGGGCUUCGCGGGCGGGCAGGGCGGGGAGCUGGGCGGGGGCAAAGCCCCCUCGUACCAGGGCGGGGGUCAGGGCGCGGGGCAGGGGGGGCUCCAGCCCUGCGUCAGCGCGGGGGGCACCUACUCGCCCGAGCAGCUGCAGGCGCUGCCCUACGGCGUGCAGCCCGAGGGCACCCAGCCCGGGGGCUACGGGCCCCCCGCCCCCUCGCAGGGCCUGCCCACCGCCAGCCCCUCGCUCACCUACAGCACCGGCCACUCGCCCGCCAUGCCCGGGCCCCCCCUGCCCUACGCCGGCCUGGGGGGCUCCAGCCCCUCGCCCAUCAUCCGCCCGCUGCAGUCGCCGCCGGCCGCGCGGCCCCAGAGCGGCGCGUCCCCGGGGCAGUCCCAAAAGUACCUGGGCUCCGUCCUGUCGCCCUCCUUCAUGGCCCCCCAGCCCUACGGGGGCGCGCCGGGCGGGGGGCUGGAGCGGCAGCCGCCCCCCGCUCCCCCCGGGGCGCCGCCCAGCUUCGGCAAGGGGGCCAAGGGCGACGCGGAGCAGCUGCUGGCGGCCGAGCGCAGCGAGGACGAGGAUUUCCUCAUCCAGCACCUCCUGCAGGCGCCCAGCCCGCCCCGAGAGGGGCUGGGGGGCUGCGAGGAGCGCGGGGGGCCCGCCAAGGCGCUGGGGGGGUACGGGGGGGCGCUGGGCAAGGAGGAGAGGUACCAGCUGCAGAGCGUCAUCCGCCCCAACUCCAACCUGGAGGCGCCGCUGGAGCUGGCGCUGCUCAAGGAGAAGAAGAAGCCCGAGCGGGGCAAGGAGUUCCGCGGCUCGGCCGGGGGGGCGGGCGGCGCCGGCGGGGGGGGCGAGGGGCUGGCGGCCACCUCGGUGGUGCACUACGGCCACCAGCCCCCCCCGGCGCUGGACUCGUACGAGCUGAAGAAGCCCCCCGAGCACCUGGCGGGCGGGAAGGAGCUGGGGCAGCCCCCGCCGCCCCCGCCGCCGCACCCCUACCUGCCCAAGACCCCCGAGCACGGGCGGCUGGUGGGCGAGGGCCCCCCCCUGGAGCCGCACAACCUGCUGCUGGACCCCCCGCCCGAGCUGGGGGGGUCGCUGCUGCCCUCGGUGCUGACCCACACGCAGAGCCAGCUGCACCCCCGGCCCAAGGCCCGGCCGCCCCUCGACGUCCACCUGCUGGAGCAGCAGCGGAUGCUGCUGCUGGAAGCCCACCUGCACCAGGUGCGCUCGCAGGGGCUGGACCCGCAGGCCCCCCCGCCGCUGCCCCCCGACUCCAUGGAGGUGCUGCCCCCCCCGCAGGAGAUCCAGGACUUCCUGGAGCCCCCCCUGGGCCUGGAGCAGCACCUGGGGCAGGGCGCGGGGGUGCAGGGCCCCCCCGGGCACCUGCUGGACCCCGAGGCGGGGGUGCCGCCCGUGCCCCCCGAGGCCAAGGACCAGUUUUCGGAGGGGGGCAGCCCGGCGGGGGGCAAGGGGCGCUUCGUGCCCCUCACCUCCAUCUGCUUCCCGGACGCGCUGCUGCAGGACGAGGACCGCGGCUUCUUCCCGGGCAUGGAGGACAUGUUCGGGCCGCCCCCCGAGGACUUCGCCAAGCCCGCCGAGGACGACGACGAUUCCGGCCAGGGCGGGCUGGAGAAACCGCCGCCCCCUCCUCCUCCUCCUCCGCCGCCGCCUCCCCCAGCCGCCCCCUCCUCCGCCGCCCCCUACGACCUGGGGCAGGGCUACCCCCCGUUCUGCGCCCAGGACGGCCCCGGCGCCGGAGACCCCUCCCCGCAGCUGGGGCUGGAGCCCCCCAAGCACGAGCUGCCCUCGACGGUGAACGCGGAGCCGCUGGGGCUGAUCCAGAGCACGGGCGAGCCCAAAGCGCCGCCGCCCCCGCCGCCCCCCGCCCCGCUCAGCGCGCCGCUCUUCUGCUCCUCCAAGCCCAAGAAGCUGCUCAAGACCUCGUCCUUCCACCUGCUGCGCCGCCGCGACCCCUUCCCGCCGCCCAAGAAGACCUACGCGCAGGAGUACGAGUUCGAGGACGACGACGACGAGGGCAAGGCGGGCGCGCCCGCCGACAUCCGCCUCAACUCCCGCCGCCUGCCCGACCUGCUGCCCGACCUCAUCUCCAGCUGCCGCCGCGCCGCCCCCCCGCCCCUGGGCGCGCCCGCGGGCGACAUCGACUUCUGCCCGCACCCCGGAGCCCACCCGGGACCCAAGAAACGCGGCCGCAAGCCCACCAAGCCCAAGCGGGAGGGACCCCCCCGGCCCCGGGGGAGGCCCCGGAUCCGGCCCCUGGAGCCCCCCCCGGCCUUCCCCGACGGGACGAGGAGGCCGCGGGGACGGGGCAGGGGGCGCGGCAAGAGGGCGGCCGACGACGGGGACCCCGCGGAGCCGCUCCGGCCCCUCAAGAUCAAACUGGCCGUGUCCAGGGAGGUCACUGGUGAUACUGGGGGGUCACUGGUGAUACUGGGAGAUCACUGGGCCCGGCCCGCUGCCGUCGCGGGCCGGGAGCGCAUCAAGCAGAAGAUCCGCGAGGUGGAGGAGAAGCAGCCGGAGAUGAAGUCGGGCUUCAUGGCCUCCUUCCUCGACUUCCUCAAGGCGGGCAAGCGCCAGCCCCCUCACCCCCACCCCCAGCAGCCCCCUCCCCAUCAUCAUCAUCAUCACCACCCCCCUCCCCAUCAUCAUCAUCAUCAUCACCCCCUCCUCCUCCUCCUCCUCCUCCUCCUCCUCCUCCUCCUCCUCCUCCCCCGCUCCCCCGGGCCCGGCAGCCCCUCCUCGGCCAAAGGGCCGGGCCGGGCGGCGCCCCCGCCCUUCGCGGGGGUCCUGGGGGGCUCCCUGGAGGGGGGCGAUGGCGACGGGCUGGUCAUGGCGUGCCCCUCGCCCUGCAAGCGGCUGGACGAGGAGCUCAAGCGCAACCUGGAGACGCUGCCCUCCUUCUCCUCCGACGAGGAGGACUCGGUCAGCAAGAACCAGGACCUGCAGAAGAGCAUCAGCUCCGCCAUCUCCGCCCUCGACGACCCCGCCGAGCGCCGCGACCCCCACGACGGCCACGCAGACGCCCCCCCACCAGAGGAGGAACCACCCCCACGCCCCCGGCGCCCGGAGCCCCCAGCCCGACCCCCGGCCCGGCCGCGUGACCCCGGCGGGACCCGCCACGCACCCCCUGCGGCCACGGGGACGGCGACAGCGACGGGGGCCACCCCCACCCCCACCCCCACCCCCACCCCCACCAAGGGCUCGACCUCCCGGCGUCCCCCGAGGGCGAGGAGGCCCCUCGGACGCGCGGCGCUGCACCUGGCGCAGAAGCAGGAGACGGCGGCCGUGUGCGGGGACACCAGCGACGAGGAGGCCGAGAGCGGGGGAGAGGGCAUCUUCAGGGAGAGGGACGAGUUCGUCGUCAGGGUCGAGGAUAUCCCUGCACUGAAGCUGGCGCUGCAGACGGGCCGGGAGCCCCCCCCGAUCUGGGGG